AUGCCGGGUUUACACAGCGGGGCAGGGCCGCCGUUGCUAUCGGGCUUAAUUGUACCAAUUAACCGAGAAUUUACAACGUUCGCGGCCAACCAAGUUUCGGCCGGAAAUCAACAGACUGAGAGAGUGGGGCUCAUGCACGGGGCGAGGAAAUUUCAAUGUAGUGGAGGGGGUAGCGCUAGCGAUCAAGAAAGUAGGGAGACAAAGGCCGCCAGUUCGCCGCCUCUGCUCUGA